UCGUCUUAUUGAUAAUUACUUCGGUUUUGGUUUCCAUAAUAAUUUUGAUCCUCCCAUUUCUGUGUUUUCGUAGUAAUUACAAUGAUACCACAAACUUCAAAUGUGACGUGAAUAAACUGGAUGCAGAAAUUGUUAACAAGUCCAACCAGAAUUUCAGCAUAAAGGAUCUUGAUGUAGUGGGUGAAAAUAAAAUAGUGGAUUUUAAUCGUCUUAUUCUCUACUUGUCGAAUAAAGUUGGAAAUGAGGUUGCAAUUUCUGCUGCAUAUGAGAGUCUGGAUAAUGAAGUGGAUAAGCGAAUAUUUGCAACCGGGAUGAAGAUGAAAUAUCCAAAAUUAGAGCAAAUAUUUAACAAUUUGACUGACAGAGAGGAAAAUAUUAUUGUGCACCGACGCAAAAUCGAUGAGCAGUUGACCUUUGCAAACAAUAUCUUCAACUUUGCCAUAGCUGCCAUUGUGACGGUAGCGUUCGCCAUACUUUUGCCACAACAAAGGUUCCACGGGUGUAUUCAGUUCUGUUAUGUUGCACUUUCCCUGUUACUUCGUACUGGCAAGAUUAUUCAAAAUUGGGGAAUAAUUGCGAACAGAGGAUUGCCCGGGUAUCAGUAUAGCACCAUCUACUUGAAGAUUUGCCCGUUUCUCAGUACUUUUGAAGAUUUCUUAACGUUUGCUCGCCUGAUUUGUUUGACACUGCUUGUGUACGAUUUAUGGAAAACGUUUGGAAAACAACUGGUCCUGCCACUGAACAAAGUUGAGGAUGUAACCAUUACUGGCUAUUUUGUCACGACAAUAAUUUCAUCAGCUAUCCUAUCUGCUGGAAGACUCAUGCUAAGGAUUAUGCUAACGGGACGCCCAUGUGCACCGCAUCAAGGUGACCUUCACUGGGCCUCGGAAACCUAUGCGGUCAUCACGAGUGGCAUAUUAUUCACAAUCAAUGCCACACUAGUUGUUCUCUGCCACAUCGAAAUGAAAAAUCGGAAGGACGACAAUAAUUUUGUAGUGGGGAAAUCAGCGACAAAUAUUCCUGAUGGGAUGCAAAGGUUAAGAAUGUACAUAAAGGUUCUGCUCCUUCUCUUCGUCAGCAAUUAUGUGAUGCUUGUGGUAAACUAUGCGAUGAGUUGGGCAGAGGUCACGACUUACACCGACCCGACGUACAUUUUAAUAAUUUUGGGGAAUCUCGUCUGUACCCACAGUUCGCUUCUUUUGUUAAUACUUCUGUCCCAGCAAGCUGUUCAGAGGGGACUUAAAAGCGUUGCAAAAUAUUGGGAGACAAGAAUAACAAUUCUGAAAGAUUCAACUUUCCAUGAGAAUGGGGACGCGUUUAAGAAAACCGUGAAGCAUUGCGUUUACUGGAUCCAAUGGAAGUUGGUGGGGAUUUUGUUGAAGUUCUCGACAUUGUGCGAUUCUGUUCUGCAUUUUGACUGUCAGAAGAAUAGAGGAAAAUAAAUAAUGCCUUUUGUACGGAUGAGGUUGGAAAUUCAAAUUUAUACGUAAAGGGUGGGCUUAAAGUUUCUGAAAAAAAAUUAACUUCAAAACAUAAGUAGUCAAAACUUUUUAUUGCGUGUAUAGAAUAUUAUAAUUUUUUGUACGAUUAUUAACUAAUAUUUAGAGUGUCCGCCACCAGCUUCCAACAUUUGUUCAAUGCGUGAAUUGAAUGACUGUGCCAAAUUUUCCAAAACGGUAACCGGAAUGCUUUCCCACUCAUGUUGAAAUCUUCUGAAUAGCUCAGCGGUUGUGGUUGGAUACGGCGGUUUGUACGCAGAAUCCUUAACAAUGGACCAUAAAUUCUCCAGAGGAUUCAAAUCUGGUGAAUUUCCGGGCCACACCUAUUUCCCCCACACUGUCAAAGGGAGCGCCUCCAAAACUUUGGUGGUCACUUUUGCAGUGUGUGCUGGUGCUCCAUCUUGCUGAAAGGUGACCUUCUGUUGUUGGGGGAAUAAAGUUGGGUCCUUCAUGGAUUUAAUGUAAAGUGGGAGGAUCUUGUCUUUGUAGUAUGCAGCGUUUACGGUACCUCCACUUAUCAUAUGCAGCUUUGUAACUCCUUGAGCACAGAAGCCACCAGCUACCAUAACUUUUAGACCAUGUUUUGGGGUCAAUAUUUUCGGGAUUUUUUUCGGAUCAGCUGUAUAGUAUCUUUGAUUUUGUCUGUUACCAGUUGGUGACACCUCCAGCCAGGUUUCAUCCGUAAGAAGAAUGUGAGAGCGUUUCUGCUGCGCCCGUCUGUCGUCACCCAAAUAUCCCGUUCUCUUGACUGUUUCGCCGAAUUUUAAUCGGUCCUGAAUAUUUUUUUGAGUCAGAAUCUGUUUCUUAGGUCUUUUGUAAGCCGUUUUGCCCCAUUUUUGCUUUUUUACGUAAUUUCGAACCGCAGCACGACUUAUUUUCUUCCCCUUCUUUUGAUACCUCGCCGACUCGUUCAGCUUCUUUAGUGUUUUCCUCACGGAUCCACCAAUUUUCUCCUUCAAAUUUCUUGUUAUUUGCGAUUUUGAAGUAGGGGAGAGUGCUGUGGGUCGGCCUGACCUUUUUUUGUCCACCACGGUACGGCGACCUUCCCACAGUUUGACCGUAUUGUAAGCAACUCCUAGUUUCCUCGAAAUUUGGGAGGCACCAUAUCCCUCGCUCAAUAGAGUUUGAAUCUGCACCCUUUUCUCUUCUCGACUCCUCAUAUUGUUGGACUACAAGGGGA